AAAUUAUAAUUUAUUUUUAAUUUACAUUGACCAUACGUUACAAUCUAUUAAAAAAACUUAAUUGAUUGUCAAAGGCUAAGUAUAAUAAGUGUCUUAAAAGAAAAAAAAAGUAUGCCAUAAAAGGGACUACGUACGAUUAAUUUAAAGAAAUAUUGACAGUUUGAAAUUGCUGUAUAUCUUUAAUAUUGCUUUUAUUCAUUUUAAUAAUUACGUUUGAUUAUGGAUCUAAAUGCGCAGCAAAAUGAAAAAUGGUUAAGGAAAAGAAAACUCACUUUUAUUGCAUUUUCAAUCCAAAUGGUUAUUAUUGGAAUUGAGUACACACUUACUCUUUUAACGUUAUGGUUGUACAUUAAAGGAAUGAUUAACACGAACUCGCCGAAGUUACUGUAUAGUAUUGUUUCUGUUUCUUUCAUGUUAGCAUCGACUAUUCUUAUGCCAUUCAUUGGAAGAAUGGUCGAUAAGUAUCGAAAUAUUAAAAGCUGUUUUUUAAUGUGCAAUUUGUUAAUGCUUACGGGAAAUGUACUCUACAGUAUUCCUUUGUCACCAGUUUUUUUAGUUGCAGGAAGGAUUAUUGCCGGCUUUGGUGGAUCGUUGAAAUCAGUAAUAUUUAGCGAAACAAUACGAUGUUAUCCGGCUUCUGAAACAAGUUCAAAACUAUCAGUUUUAUCAGUAAUGUAUAAUUUAGGAUGCACGCUAGGUCCUGGGAUAAAUUUUUUUUUUAAAGAUAUGAGCUUUUUUAUAGGACGUUGGCAUUUAUUAGACGUUAACUUUCCCGGGCUUUUCAUGGGUUUUGUAUGUAUUGUUAUGGAAAUUUUAACACUAACAAUGGUGCACGAUGUAUCAAAGGAAUUUGAUUACAAAGCUUUGUUAGAAAAUAAUAACGCUACUCAUACCGUAGAAAAUGUUAUAUUUGAUAUAAAUAUCGAAGACGUUAAAAAUAUACCAGUAAUAAGUUAUAACAAUGAGAACAUCUUGACUGGCAUCGGCGAUGAAAAAAGCAAUUACACAGAGGAUAGCGAUAAAAAAAACAAUUACACAGGCGACAGCAAAGCACAUAUACCAUUAAGCUCAAAGAAACAUACCGUUAUAAAGAUAUUAAAAGUGGUGUUUUUGCGUUUUGAUUCUGCGCUUAUUUUGCUUACUACUUUUGUUAUAGCCUUUUUUUUUAUAACCGCAGACUUAUGGCUGCCUUUGUUAGUUAUAGAGAAAAUGCAUCUAUCAAUAUUAGAAAUGAACAUUUGUUUAUUCGGAGUGAGCGGAAUAUGUGUUAUUAUGUUGAUACUUUUUAUUUGGAAACCUAUGUCUCAUAAUAGCUUAAUAAUAUUACUGAUUAUCAGUUUGGUUGGUUACUGUAUUGUAAGCACAGGAUUUAUAGUUCUUUCAUAUUUUCCAUUCAACAAAGCGUUAAACGUCAUCCUAUGCAUUAUUUAUAUGGUAAGUUUUGGAGGGGCUCCUAUAAUCAAUGACGUUUUUUUCGUCAACGCGUUAUCCAAAAUGGUAAAAUCGAAUAUUUUAACAUUUGUUGACAGUAUUCGAAACUCAAUGUUCUCCGCAGGAGCUUUUUUAGGUUUUAUUUUUGCUCCAUACAUGUUUGACUUCGUUUUAACAUUUGGAACGCUGUUUGUCCUUGUUAUGAUUAUUAUCGGGAUUAUGUUUAUUGUAAGAAACAAACAUUUUAUUAAUCCAAAGCUUUUGUUUCAACUCUUGAUUUAAAGAUUUCGAAUUAAACGAAUUAUUUAUUACGCACUGCGCGAAUUAUAAAAUGACUUUGGUUUUUUAAAGAGUUUGGUAAAAAAGGAUUACAUUCAAUUUUAGAGGAUACUGGAAUAUGAUACAAAAAACAUAAUUUUAGAACAUAAUAUUUAUAUCGCAUAACACUUUAAAUAUAAAUAGUUUUUUAUUAAAAAUAUAACAUUAAG